UCUCCGUCUUGAGCGACAGUUGUAGAACAACAAUCAGAGGCAGCGGGCAACUCACAGCGUGUCGCGCGCCAUAUGCAUUAGUCGUCAGCCACAGUAUGGACCGAGGCCUGAAGAUACGGGUCUUCAGUUACCCACUGGCUCGCAGCCUCUUGUAGGUCUUCCCUUCCGGCGUUGUGACCUUCCAUUGAAAACGUAUCCACGACACUGAACUCAGAAUGUGCGAUAUGAAUAUGAAUACCAUCGGAAGCAGAGACACGUGUUGAAAGUGAUGUGUUGAGGCCUGUAAAGGACUCCUGUGUACACCAUGGGUGGCGGGCACGUGGUGAUAUGUGUUUUUGGGGCGGUGGUGAUGGUGGCGGCAGCGGCGACGGCAGCGAAGGCGGGGAAGGGAGGUGCGGCGGGUCAGGGUCCCGGCCAAGGCCAGCCCACGGCCCAGCCUUAUGUCAUCCCCUUGAGGAACGUCCUCCACAACAACAUCCGUUUGGCCAGCCGAUACGACCACCCGACACACAUGAUCGUGGCGCCGCGCACGGUCCGCCCCGGCGCCGUGUAUCGCUGCGUGGUGACCCUCCUGCAUCUCGAUCACCCCGUGGACGUGCGUGCCGCGCUCACGAGGGACGGCCAGGAAAUCGCCGACACCCAUAGCAUCGUCACGAAAAACUACCCAGAAACCCUCCUGCUGCAGAUCCCGAGGAGUACCGCUGGGGGAGACUUCCGGUUGUAUGUGGAGGGCAACGUUCUGGGCACCACGGGGGGAACGAUUUUCAGCAACGAGACGCAACUGUACUUCUCCAAACAGUUCCUUUCAGUCCUCAUCCAAACCAGCCGUCCGGUGUACAAUGGCGGCGGGACAGUUAAGUUCAGAGUGAUCCUCCUCACCAUGGACCUAAAACCGUAUGAUAACCCAGUGGACGUUUUUAUCGUGGACCCCGAUGGCUAUGUGUUGCGUCGAUGGCUGUCACGCCCCACCAACGUAGGCGUGAUAUCCCUGUCCUUCGGCAUUCCCUUCCUGACUAAAGUUGGCUGGUGGAGGAUCAAAGUGAACGCUAAUGGCCAGGAGGAAGAAAAGAAAAUCAAAGUGGAAAAGUGGUUCACUCCGCGAUUUGAGGUAAAAGUGUUCAUGUCAAAGUACUUCCUUGACUCAGACGAAGCCAUCACCGGGACAGUUGGCGGCGAGUUCAACAACGAUAAAGGUGCCUUUGGGAACGCCACCCUCAAGCUCCUGGUCCGCAGCAAGGGCGUGGAGGAGUGGACCUUCAUUAUGCAGCAAGACUUUGUACCUUUCGACAGUGAGGUAGAUUUUAGCUUCCCGAUGGCUGUGAUUGCUAAGGAGAUGGCAGUGAUGGAUGGCGCCAUGGUGCGAGUGGAGGCAAUGAUACAGGAGAGUUUUAUGGACAUCAACGAGACUGGGUUCAGCAUGGCCAAGAUCAUCAACUCCUCCAUCAGCUGCCGCUUUCUUGGCUCCCCACCCUAUAUCUUCAAACCUGGCAUGCCUUUCUCUGCCUCAGUCGCCGUGUCCUAUCAUGACUUUCAUCCCCUCAGCACCAAGAAGCUGAAGAGCUCCCGCCUGAAGGUGAAGGGAGAGGCUGUGUCGGAGGGGAGCAACAAAGUGACUGUCUUUGAACUGGAGAUCCCUCCAGCAAACUUAGAGGAAGAAGAAAGUGCAUUUCUGGAUCAAUCGUGGCUGUACAACAAGCGGCUCCAGGCCCUGCAGGCCGAGGACCCAGACUACAAGAUAGUAGACAACAACUAUGACAAAGGCGUGCCGUACCUUACAGAGGAAGAGUUAGCAGAGAAGAAAGUUGAAAUAUACUUCAAAAAUGAGCAGUUUCAGAAGUACCGUGAGAAGGGAGUCUUCCAUUUCACUCUCAACGUGCCGGAGAAGACUGCUCAGCUGACCCUCGUGGCCACCUACAUGGAUGGUUAUGGAGACGCUGCCUCCGCCACUGCCCAGGGCCUGGCCUAUUACUCACCCAGGAGACAGUACAUCACGGUGGGGACCAGCAACAAGGGCGUGAGGCUCGGGGAGUUCGUGGUGUUUCACGUCCGAUCCAACUUCAACAUGGACUCCUUCAACUAUCUGGUCAUGUCCAAAGAGAUGAUCUUGUUCACUGGGAAGGAAGUCCUGGACCACAGCACACACGCAAGCAUCAAGACCAUGUCCGUCCCAGUGAGCUCAGAGAUGGCUCCAGCCUUCACCAUGCUGGUUUAUCACUUUGCCCAAAAUGCUGAGGUCAUCUCCGACUCCAUUAUUAUUCCUGUGGACAACAUCUCCCAACAAAGGGCCAAGCUCGUGAUAAACCAGGACAAAGAUCACAGUGUACGCUCAGUGGAGAUGGGCACCUACAGCUCGCCCGGGGCCUUCUUUGGGAUAUCUGGAACACGCCACUUCAGCUACGCCAUGCAAGCGGGUAAUGAAAUAUCCCAUGCCUCAGUCCUCCAGGCAUUGCACAGCUUCACUCACAGAAAGAGACUCCUGCAUAAAAUGGUUUGGCGUCCUCGCGAUGGUCCCUUCCCGGAGCAGGUGGAGUACUACACCUCGGGGAACUACGGCCCGGACAGCAACAGAACCUUUGACUUCAGCAGACUGAUAGUGUUUACAGAUGCCAAGAUAGGAGUCAUUCCUACUUAUAAAGGGAAACACUGCAACAAGACAGGUGGCCACUCCCCGUGCCUCAUGGGCGGCUGCUAUCCCACUGACAAGCGUUGUGAUGGUGUUGCGGACUGUCCCGAUGGCUCAGAUGAAGCAGGCUGUGACGAUCCGAUGAGGGACAAAGACGCCAAUUUCCGCAUCAACAGGUAUCGAAGGUUUUCUGACUUCUUUGACGAGGGAGAUGGAGACUGGCUGUGGCUGGACUUUAACAUUGGUCACAAGGGGCAUGAACAAAAUAAAAUUGAGCUGCCCAAAGUGGAUGAUCCCUACAUGAUCAAUGCCUUCACCAUCUCUAAGGAGCACGGCUUUGGUAUGAUUGAAGCGCCCAUUGAGUUCUUGUCCCUGCCCUUCAUGUACUUCAACAUGGAAAUGCCGAACUCCUGUCGCCGAGGGGAGCAAAUUGGGAUCCGGCUUAUCGUGUUCAACAACCUUCCCCAAGACAUGAUGAUUCUCUUAGUCCUUCAUGGCACCAAGAAUCACCGGUUUGUGGUUGUGGAGGAGAACGGCGUGGUGGACUUCUAUCGCCCCCGCACCAAGGCAGGGGACCACCAGCACCUUGUCACAGUUGGUGCUGAGAGCUUCGUAGAAGUCAUCUUCCCAAUCGUGGCCAUCAUUGAUAAAGGAAAGAUUGAUCUGAAAGUCUCGGCCAUAACUCAGAUUGGCCUCGAUGAAGAAACUGCUACUCUUAAGGUUGAGCCGGAGGGAGCCACCGUUGACCGCCACACGUCAGUCAUGUUGGAUCUCAAGAACCGAGCCGUUGUCUAUGAGUAUAUGGACAUUAUUUUGGACGAGUCGUACAUCAUCCCUUUGAGCAUCCUGAGGCGUUUUGUUGCCGGUUCUCCUCGGGGCAGGGUGACCAUCUGCGGGGAUGUUGUUGGGCCGUCCUUCCCUACAGGAGGCCCAGUGAACUCCAGGGUGAUGCUGAGGAAGCCCCUGAAGGGAACAGAUGACACCACAUUCACUUUUGGCGCCAAUGUGUGGACCCUCCACUACCUCCGCCUCACAAACCAGCUGGACUACUCGCAGGCCCAGAAAAUCUUUGAGAAGCUGAAUGUGAUGCUGACCGCCAUAAUGUUUCGCUACAAUACUGACGGAUCCUUCAAGAUGUGGGGCAAUGUUGGACCGAGUGUCUGGUUGUCUGCCUGGACCAUCCGCACCAUCCACCAAGCAGACUUCCCUGAGUGGGAUAAUCUGCUCUACAUCGACCCGCAAAUUGUCUCCAAAACAAUCGAGUGGCUCCUGCCGUGGCAAGACAUAAAGACUGGUGCCUUCCGUGAGUCUCCUUAUUACAGUGACACUCCUCUCAACAGAAAGGCUGCCCCUUACUCUUAUGGCCUUAAGUGGCAAGGGCUCAAAAACAUUACCCUAACAGCCCAUUGUCUCAUUACCUUGGAACAGACCAUCAACACGUUGCAAGGGUCUGUGCACAACCAGGCCAUCCUUGCUCGAAACCAAGCCAUCAGAUACUUAGAACAGGAGCUUGUCAACCUGAGUGACCCGCUGGAGGUAGCCAUCACAGCCUAUGCUCUCUACCUGGCCAACUCAGUGGCCAAGGAGUCAGCCUUCGCCGCCCUGGACCGCAUAAAGAGAUAUGAGAAUGGACUGAUAUACUGGUCCAGGGAGGCAGUGAGGCCCAACAGACGUGCCAAUGAAAACAACCAGAGAAACUUGCUACAACCAAAAUUUGAGGAGGAGUGGGACUCCCAUGCAGUGGAAGCCACAGCCUAUGCCUUGCUGGUCUACCUCAUGCAUGAUGGCGUUCAUAUGGACCAGGAGAGGAUUGUAAAGUGGCUGAAUGGCAUGAGGAUGCACGAUGCAGGCUUCAUAUCCACUGUGGACACCCUAGUAGCCCUGCAGGCGCUGACGGAGUACUCUCACCGUGCUCGCAUCCGAGACAUCACGGACAUGAAGAUCACGGUGGAGGCCACGGGGGAAGAGGGACGAGCCCCCCACGAGGUGUUCAUCUCACCCGGGAAUGUCUCCCAAAUGACCAGCAUCCCAAUUGAAAAUGUGUGGGGCAUGGUGAACGUCUUUGCCACCGGGGAGGGCCAGGCCAUCCUUCAGCUCGACAUUGAGUAUGGUGUGGACUGGUCUGACUUCAAGAAGGAGCCACCCGUGAAGGCCUUUGAAUUUUCUGUUCAGGAAUAUUACUCAAAGUUUGGAAACAAAUCCCACUGUGAAGUUAGAGUGUGUGCCAGAUGGCUCAACACUAAGGAGGCAGAGUACAGCUCCUCCACUGUGAUAGAACUGGAAAACCCCACAGGCUAUGUGGCCUACCAGCCAGACCUGAAACGCAUGAUGAAGGCAGCGCAGACCUCGGGCACUUUCCCCACCUUAAGGGACUCCAUCGGUGGGCACGGUGACACAUUUGCAAAACAGACUGUCUUUUUUGUUGACUAUCUCCCUUCCAAUGAGACCUGGUGCUUCACCUACACAAUCAAGAGGUGGUACCCGGUGGCCAACCUCACCCGCAUCCGUUCAGCCAAGAUCUUUGAGCAUUACCAGCCCGAACGCUUCCAAAUGGUGUUGAUCAACUCAACUAUCAACUCACUGGACAUCUGUGAGGUGUGUGGGUCCUACCAGUGUCCUUACUGCCCUGCCUACAGCUCAACCCUUAGAUGCUCACCGCCUCAAGUAGCCUUGCUGUUGUUUGUUGCUGUCUUUCUGUGUGCAUGUAAUCUUAAAACUACAGUGACUGCUCAUUGGCAGUCUGUAUAAUUGAGUGUUAUUGAUUUCAUUUUGUUAUAUCUCGAGUAAAUCAAUGUGUAUCUCUGCUGGCUAUAGUCCUGUAAUGGUGUAGUUGUUCCCUGGUUGUGAUGCAAUAUUUGACAUCCUGAGUUAAGCGCUGAUGUGUGUAAAAACUUCCAUUUUCUAAGUUUAAAGCAACUCUGGCAGUUGGUGAGUUAUGCAUAAUUCUAUAUAAGUAUGUGAUGGCUGGCCAGCACAGUGGUUGGUGGGAGGCAGGAAGCCUCAGUGCUCAUGGAAGAAUGGUACUGGAAUAUUUAACUUGUAAGAUUUGGAUGGGACAUGAAGGUCAGUACAUUGCUGUGAUGUUGGAAACUAUAACAAUGUCUAACAGCGAUCAUCUAGUGACGUGCAAGGAGUUUUAGGUGUUACUUGGGAUGGGGAUGCACACUUGCACAGUCAACGUUCAGGAGCUACCAGGACAUCACAGCUGUCCCGGGGAAUGUGCAAAACUAUCCUAUGACUCAGUCACCGUGCUGGCUGAGGUGGCAUUUCUUUUACUGUUAGUACCACAAAAGGAUUGAUUAGAACAGGUAAUUUGGCUUUCUUGAACUUGUUAUCUGAAUUCUUAGCCUGGUAAGGUUUGUUAGUGUUUAAGGUGACUACAUUUAUAGAGAUCUCCCACAGUGUGGGAUGAGCCAUGUACAAAGGUGAUUGUUACUUUUCAUAUAAAAAAUAAAUAUACCAAGAUACAAGACACAACAUUUUGCUCUCUAAUGAAACCACAU